AUGCUCACUUAUCCCGACGAAGGCCCCGCACUCACCCCUAACGACUCCGUCCUCGCUGAGGUCUCCAAGCUUAGCCUCCAAGCUCGCCAGCUCGAUGCCCGCGGUAGCUACACGGAGGCUGAACGCCUCCUCCAGCAGGCUCUCGACCUCGUAGAUCCCGCCGUUCCGUCCCCGACCCUCGCCAGCCUCUGGAACACUCUCGGAGAGCUCUAUCUUCACAUGGGAAAGCUCGAUGGUGCAGAGCACUGGUUCGAGAAGUCCCUCGAUGUCAGCAUCAUCACCCACAACUUCAAAGAGAUCACCACCAGCCGGGAGAAUCUCGCGCGCGUUCACCGCAUCCGUAGCGAGCUCCUGAAGGCGAAGGCUCUCAAAAUGCUUGGUGCCGCCGACGAUAUGUGCUGCAGCAAUCACGCCGUACGUCACAUACUGCAGCGUCGCUCACAAAUUAAUUGUUGCCAGGGCGCAUUCUACUGCUCCCACGAAUGCCAGAGGGAAGACUGGGAACGGCAUAAGAGACGCUGCCGUCGUGACCUUGCGCCAGAUGCCGUUUAA